AUGGCUGCUGAUUUCGACGAGGCUCCGCCCGAGGUCCAUCAUUAUGAGAGCUUAGCAGAGGUGCCGUGGGAUAUCCAGAUCUACUGGAAGCAGCGGUAUAGGAUUUUCUCCAAGUAUGAUGAAGGAGUCUGGUUGACCGAUGAUGCCUGGUUUGGGGUGACUCCUGAGCCGGUGGCAGACAAAAUCGCCGAAGAUAUUGCUGCGACCGCCCCCGAAGGACGGGUGAUCUUGGUCGACGCGUUUGCUGGCGCCGGUGGAAACACCAUCGCCUUUGCGAAGACGGGCAAGUGGAAGCGUAUCUAUGCGAUCGAGAAGAACCCGGCGGUCCUGCGGUGUGCAAAACAUAACGCCCAGGUGUAUGGUGUUGAAAACAAGAUCACCUGGUUCGAGGGGGACUGCUUCGAAAUCCUCAAGAACCAACUCAAGGACCUUGCACCGUACUGUGUCCUUUUCGCUAGUCCGCCAUGGGGAGGCCCCGGGUACCGCUCCGACCGCGUGUUCGACCUCCACACCAUGGAGCCAUACCCUCUUGCCAAACUCUACGACGAAUACUCUGCCUUCACCAAGCACCUGGCGCUGUACCUGCCCCGCACCUCUGACCUUAAGCAGCUAGCAGAGGUGGUGGAAGAGGAUCGCAAGGCAACCGUCGUUCACUACUGCAUAGAGGGUGCCAGUAAGGCCUUCUCUUCUGAUAGUGAAUGA